AUGCUACGGCUCACGUCUGACCACUUCCCAGUCUUCGUCCCUUUAGGGGUCAUAGGAUUCUACCGCUAUCUGUGGUACUUCAUCCGCAUCGCCGCCGCUUUCACCUACCGCGCCAUCCCCCUGCCAGAGAACCCUACAUACGUCGCCGAUGAGGACGUCACGAUCAUUGUACCCACCAUCGACGCCGGCGAGGAGUUCAAGGAAGCCGCACACAGCUGGCUCGCCGGAAAGCCCAAGGAGAUCCUCAUCGUCACCGAAGAGAAGAUGCGCGGGCCCCUCCAGGCCCUCGCCGACUCCGUCGACCCGGCACGCAUCCGCGUGCUCACCGUGCCAUAUGCGAACAAGCGGCUCCAGAUGGCCCAUGGGAUCCGACACACGCGCACGGACAUUAUCGUGUUCGCGGACGACGAUGCGAUCUGGCCACCGACGCUCCUCCCGUAUGUCCUCGCGUGCUUUGAGGACCAGCGUGUCGGCGGUGUGGGCACGAGCCAGAGGGUGCAGCCCGUCGGGGCGCGCAUGACUGUCUGGGAGGUCCUCGCCGCGUUUCGCCUGUCAAUUCGUAACAUCGAGAUCGCUGCGAGCACGCAUAUCGACGGCGGUCUACCUUGCUUGAGCGGACGCACGGCUGCGUAUCGCACCGUUAUCCUCAAGGACCCCGAGUUCCUCCAUGGCUUCACACAUGACUAUUGGCUGGGGAAGUACCAGCUCAACUCGGGCGACGACAAGUUCCUCACGCGGUGGAUGGUCAGUCAUGGCUGGGCGACGUAUGUCCAGUGCUGCAAGGAGGCGGAGCUCCUGAGCACGAUGAAGCCCAACUGGCGCUUCCUGAAGCAAGUCCUCCGCUGGACGCGUAACACCUGGCGGUCAGAUAUGCGCUCGCUAUUUAUGGAAAGGCAUAUCUGGACCGCGCACCCUUACGUUGCGUACACAAUGAUAGAUAAACUGAUCAACCCGUUCACGCUCCUCGCCGGGCCCGCGCUCGUCGUCUACGUGAUGUACAAGGGCACGAUCCCCGUCCUCCAGGGCGGGUAUCACCUCCCGCCAUGGAACGUCGUCGUCAGCUAUCUCGUCUGGCUCUUCGCGACGCGGACCAUGAAGCUCCUCCCGCACCUCUGGUACCGCCCCCAAGACGUAAUCUACGUCCCCGCGUUCAUCCUCUUCGGCUACUACUUCGCGAUCAUGAAGGUCUAUGCCCUCUUCACGCUUCAUGAGACCGGUUGGGGCACCCGCGCAGGCAUCGGCGACCCUACUGCUGCGACCGCUGCAGCGGACAAGCAGCCCUCCAGCGGCGACCCUGAGAAACAGACAGCGUCUGUGCCAGUGCGCUCGUACGCUUUCCCGUCCCAGUCUCAUGUUGGUCUCCAGCCACAAGACAGUUUCUAUACGCGAAACGACCCCGGAUACGCAUGA